UUUUGUAGUAAUAUUGAUUCAAACUCGUUUCAUCGUACAACGGGUUAAAUAUUAGUUAUUUUUAUUAGUUGAAAAACCAAGAAUAUCAAACCGAAUUUAAACCGAAAGUGAGAUUGAACAUCAUUACCGGAGUUUGAAAUGAUGAUGGUUCCAUCCUUUUUCAAAAUUGAGUUAGCAGUUAGCACAGGGGCGUGCGAACAAAUCUCACACGUGCUAAAGUCGCUUAACCCAAAAUUCAAAUUGCCAUUCGGGACUCAAGUCAAGCUUCAAGCGCAACGGUUCGAUUCGAUUACAGUGAACAAUGGUAAGACCGUCGCUGAGAUUAGCAAUUAUCAAGGGUCCAAGAGAAGGCGAUACUCUAGAGUACAAACCCGGGUCUACAAUCCGUAUCGGUCGAAUCGUUCGUGGUAACGAAAUCGCAAUCAAAGACGCCGGAAUCUCCACCAAGCACCUCCGGAUCGCAGAAUCGGUUUCUGGGACUUGGGUAAUCGAAGAUCUUGGAUCUUCCAACGGUACUAUAUUAAACUCGAAUGCUCUCGAUUCUGAGACGCCGAUAGAUCUACGAGACGGCGAUGUUAUCAAACUCGGUGAGUAUACAUCUAUUGUUGUGAACUUUGUGAUUGAUGAUGAUGAUGUUCAGAAGGAGCAGAAGAAGAAGCUUCCGCCUCGACCAAGGAGGAACAAUAAGCGUCAGGGUAAUGCGGGGAAGCGAAUUAGGGUUUCCGAAAGUAAUGAUUUUGGGGAUGUGUCUGAUGAAGAAAAGGGUUUUGAUGUGGGGAAUGUGAAUAAGCCGAGUUCUAGGGUUAGGAAAGUUAGAAAAAUCGAGAAUUCUGAGAAAUUAGGGGUUUCUGCUGGAUUAGAAGAAGUUGAAGAUUCAAUUAAAGUUGAAAUUGAGGAUUGUGCAAUGGGAGAGGAAGUUUUAGGGAGUGUAAUCAAGAAGAGAGUGAACAGUAAGGCUGCAAGGAGCAAGAACAUUGGAGUUGUAGAAAAGGAAGAGACUUUGAAGGAGAAGAGGAUUACGAGAAGCAAGAAGAUUGAUAUUGUUGGGGAUUCUUAUUUGGAAUUGGAGAUGGUUUUAAAACGAGCCAGAAAGAGUUGUGGGAAGAAGAAGAAGACAGCAGAGCAGAAGAGCUUUGAAGGUGAGGAGGAUACUGAUGUUGGAGUGCAGGGUUUAAGGUGUCCUGUUGAAGAAGAUUUGAAGAAUGAGCGUGGUACAGUGGUGGAGGUGGAUUUUAGAAAGAUGACAUUAGGAGCAUUGUUUAGUUUUCUGGAGGGUCAUCUGUCAAAAGAGAUAAAUCAAGAGACAGAAAGUAUGAUUGAGCCCAUGCGAAGUAAAACUCAGAGAGUUCGCGAGUUUAUUUCAGAGCAGAGACAAGUUCAGGCUAAAGCGUGUGUGUGUUGAAUUGGAAGAGUGUGCAACUGAUAUGUUGCACACCGAGCUCCACCUCAUGGAAUAAGAAACACAUACCGACAGAUGCCAAGAAGGCUGACGUCUUUGCUCUAUUCUCUCUUUCCUUCUAAUGUGGUCAACGGCAAAAGCAAGUCCUUCAGAAGUGCCACGAAAAAUAUCUUUAAUUGGGUCUAGAUAUCUAAAUAUCUGACCGUAGCUUUAAAUUUCUGUGAUAUGAUGAAAGAUAUAUUGAUAGCUCCAUUUUGUUUUUGUCUCUUACCCGAGCCUGUGGUGUUUUUGUUGUCACGGGAAUGCUCAUAUGUUACAUCAAGCUACCGUGCAAUCACACACCCUUCUUCAUUAACUCAUUAAGUAUUCUUGUUACCAUGGAGUGACUUAUUUCAUUGAUGCUAUAAUGUUAAUCUCUGCUUUGUUUC